AUGCUACAGGCGAUCUCGGGGUGUACAGACAGCUCAAUUGAGCAGUCGCUGUUCAGAAGCAAACUGCACGUCUCGGUUGGGGCGGAGACAGAAUAUGUCGUUCUGCCUAAUCCUCAGAACCCAGCAGCAGUAGCUGCUUCGUUGGGUCUUGGUGCUUCAGCUGCUGGUGCUGCAGCAGCAGGAGCUGCUGCUGCUGGCUCAGGGGGUGUAGGUGACCUCCUGUUGUUCUUUCAUGGUGGACUGUGUGGGAGCGACCAGCUCCUUGCCUCUGGGGUCUCUUUCCCACCCAAUAUUAGCCACCUCCUGUUGCUUAAUAGGCAAGGGUACCUCCGUUCUUCGCUGCCUCCUUUAUGGGAGCAGCAACAGCCGCAGCUCUUUAGGCCUAGACGCAGCAGGUCUUCUCUCCCCGUCACCGAGGAAAAAGACACGCUUUACAGACACCGCAUGCGGCGUCAAGCAGCACUUUUUAAUGAUGUAGUCAGAUGCGUGCAGCAGCAGCAGCAGCAUCGGCAGCAGCAAGCGGUGCACCUGCUGGGGAUGGGUGUGGGCUGCGCGCAUGCAAUUGCAUACAGCCAUUUCUUCCCUCAAGGAGUCCGGAGCAUAUCUCUGGUAGAUCCGCAGCUGCAGCUGCAUGCAAGGACUGCGGGGGGGGCCCUUGAGGAGCACGUCUUAAGGCGAGUUGGGGUGUACAGACACCUCGUAGAUCGGCUUCUGCCAAGGGGAGCCACCAACAUUCGCGUGCCUACUCCUAAGAUUUCAGGGUUUGAGUUUCUUGCAUCAGCAGCAGCACAGUACCUCCCACGGGCUGCUGUUUUCAUGCUGCUGCAUGCAACAGUAGCCAAGGCACACAUGACAGCCCUGCCCUCGGUGCAGCAGCUGCUGCACGAUCUGCAGCAGGAACCGUCACUGCAGCAGGUGCUGCAGCAAGUGCUGCUGCAGCAGAUUCAGCACACCUCCGACACAACACACAACUCUCCUUCGCAAGGAGUUUCUCAAUCCAACGUAGAGCAGCAGGCGCAGCAGCAGCAGCAGCAGCAGCAUCUGUAUCGGCCGCUGCUGCUGCGACUGCAGCAUGCAACUGGCUGCUGCUACUUGGCUCAGCGCCUUGCGGGCUUCAUUGAAGACUGUUUGCUGCUUUGGGGAGACUCCAUAGAGGCCUCCGCUGCUGGUUGGCUGGGUGAGUGCUUCUCGGAGCUGCAAGUCCCGCGGCUGCUUUUGCAUGCAAGCAGCAGCAGCAACAGCAGCAGCAGCAGCGAGCUGCAGAAGGCUUGUAAGGCCCCAGGGGCAUCUCAGGCACCGCUGAUAGUCCAGGAUGUGCCUGGCGCACAGCCUCCCACGUUGUUGCUGACGCAUGCAAAGCACAUAAGCAGCGCGCUACAGCAGGUGCUGCAGCAACAGCAGCAGCAGCACGGUAUCUGA